AUGACGUCCUACCUAACGCAGUUGCCCCGAAUACCGGACGUCUCUCUUGAUCUGGCCUUCCGACGGUUUCUCGUCUUCAGCAAGCUCUACACGGAGAGCUGGGGAAACCCGGUGGUGCUCAGGGACCUGCGCGACUACAUGCGCAACGUGAUGUCGCAGCGGAAGGUGAUCGACCUGCUCGACAACCAUGGCCACAACCCGAUGCAUAUUACACAGCAGCGAAUAGCUGGCAACGCGCGGAUCGCCGACGGCCAUUUCAUCAGCCCUCACUCGCUCGAGUUCCCGCACCACAUGCCAGCCCCGGUGAACAAGGCCCAUUGGCGAGGGAUUUUCCCGAAAAACGAGAGAAAAGGGCUGAUCGUUCAUCUGGCUGGCACUGGGGACCACACGUAUAAACGGCGAGAACUCGGCUUUGUGGAUGACCUGCUGAAAGACGGAACGGCCGGCAUCAUGCUCGAAAACCCAUUCUACGGCGCCCGAAAGCCCAGCGAGCAGUUUCGAUCGAGCCUAAGGAACGUUUCUGACUUGAUGGUGAUGGGCGCGGCGUUGAUCGCGGAGACGCUCUACCUGCUGCGAUGGGCCUACAAGGAGGGCUACUGGCCGAUUGGGAUCUCUGGGGUAUCGAUGGGCGGUCACAUGGCUUGUCUUGCCGGCUCGAACGCCACCUUCCCCAUCACGAUCGUGCCGUGCCUUUCCUGGACGACGGCUUCUCCGGUAUACACGGCCGGCGCGCUCAGCUACGCGAUCCCGUUCGCCGGGGUGCUGGCCAAGCAGCUCGACGAUCCCAGCUACCGGCAAAAGCUCCAGGACAUCCCCAACUGCAACUGGCUCGAACAGGCGCGCUCUCGACAAUCUGAAAAUGGCGACACCCUGGCGCGGAAUUUCAUGUGGGUGCUGAUGCACGACUUCACGCACCUUGGCGAGUACCCGGUGCCCAUCGACACCUCGCUGGUCCACUCGGUCGUCGGCGAGGACGACGCUUACGUGCUGCGGGAGGGCGUCACGCAUUUGAACGACAUCUGGCGCCACGCCGUCGUCGAGGUGAUCCCGAAGCGCGGCCACGUCGCCUCCUACCUCUACUACCACGACGUCUUCCGGAAAGCCAUCCGCGGCCGCAUCAACGCCGCCAUCCAGAAAUACCCGAAUCGCCCCCCGUCCGCCUGUACA